AUGUCCAGGACAACAGAGCUCGAUUUGCCUCCUGAUCUGGUAGAAGCUGCAUCGUCUACCGGAGGGGAAGUGGAUGGCUCCAGCUACGAUCGUGUAUCCUUGGUGAUAUCGGAAUACCAAACGCGUCGCGCAUCUCUUUUGGAACAACUAGCCUGUCUCCAACUUCCUAGGGAUUGGUUCAUACGCAAGGAGACCCAAGCGGAGCUCGACCUUCUGGAAGAGCGGAUACAAGCGUGCCGGGGCAUUCUAUCCAACUUACGACUAUUGCCUGCCGAAUUAUGGGCGCAAGUCUUCGAACAUUUCGUCUUCUCCUCAACUGGCAGGGUGCUGAAGUUCCGGUGCAAGAAAACGUUCACCUUUGCCAAUGCGACCCUGCUCCUGUGUGCGGUCAGCAGGCUGUGGCGUCAAAUUGCGAUUGGUACCCCCUCACUCUGGACCCGGAUUGUGAUUAAUGCGAAUUCGAAUACAAGAAAGCAGCCUACCCACUUUGAGGUAGAAGCACAUAGACUUGCCAGCGCCCUAUCUGCGAUGGAGAAAAUGGGCGGCCAUGCAUGGUCUUUGGAUCUUUCCAUCGGUCCGCCUCCAGGAAAGGCCAAACCAGACCCCAGCCUCGACGUCUCCCAGAACGAGAUCAUGGGCCAUCGAACCACACCGAAUCUGCGUCGCCUUCGAAUUUCGACACAUGCCCUCAUACCCAAUCUCGAUUCCUUCACCUUUCCUUCGGUCCGCUUCGCGAUUUUUGAACUUCGUAACGAUCCUCCCCCUCGUCGCGAACUAUCCGCAUACAAUACUCCCAAUCUUCCAUCCCUAACACACGCGAUCCUUCAGUCGAUGUGCGUCCCCGCUCAACUCCCUUGGGCCAACCUGACGCACCUAUACGUCGGUCCACGGAUACCCCAGACGACCUGCGUUACAGUGCUCAAGAUAUGCAAGUCUCUCGAACGGGGGCUAUUCUGGCUGUCAAGGGCCCCCGACCUUGCCACGGGAAUACCUCCUUUCGUUCCACCGGAUGGCAUGGUGGAGUCACCUGUGAAGGAAUUGACUUUCUUCAGCGAAUCCCCCUUCAGUGUGCCCUGGCGUUUGGCCCUACCCCGCUUGACCACUCUACGAUUAUGGACAGACGCGGACCCGUCAAACGUGUGGGACGUGGAGAACGCCCCAUUGUUCAGCCAUUUGAAGAGGUUGGUUUUGUGCGAUGUGGGGAUAUAUGCCAAGUUGAACAAGGUGGCGCGGUGUCUGGAGAUGUGUCCUCAGCUUUCCGAGCUUUCCUUAAGCGUCAGUAUCUACGAGGCUCCAGGGGAUCUCUUCCAGUUAUUCACCUUGUCCAAGGACAACUCACUGCUCAGCAACCUUCAGACUCUACAGCUUUACCUUGAAACGUCGGGCAUUGCCAGGGAACGUUGGCCGAAUGCCUCAGUCGAUGAAUUCCCUUUCAACGCGUUGGUAGAAAUGAUUUCCUCCCGAUUACCACCUCCAUCCGGCGCAGACGAAAACGAGUUUACCUACCUCAAGCAGUUAAUUAUCAGGCUGGAUGGAAAUUACUCUCCGGCUGUCGACCCAAGCCAAAUUUUGGAGAAGAUAAAACCUUUGGAGUCUCGUGGUGUUACAAUUGACGUAGAAGUUGUAGGCGAGGACAGUCUGAGGCUGUCGCGGAUAGAUUUCUCGCGACAUUGGGACGAGGGAUUCACGGACAUUUUCGAUAAUCAUCCUCAUCUCUCGUUCCUUAGUGGGCGAGACAUCUAA